UGGAACCUCAAUCCUAACUUCAACCUCGUCUGUCUUCUUCUCCAUUCCUCCAUUUUGCUGAUCUCGCCAUCUUCAACUUCGUCAACCACCUGUACACGCAUUUCUUUGGAGUCGGGGGUGCCAUCUAUAUUCUUAUCAUAUAAUCGCAAUUUCAACGCACCACCUUAAGACCAGCCAGUUCAAAAGUCGCCAUGAACGCACCAGAUAGAUUCGAACUCUUUAUUCUCGAUCCAGACGAGAAGAAGGUCGAGACCAAGGAGGAGACCCGCGCACCUCAUACCACUGUCUUCACGUUCAACAAGGAAGACCACACCCUCGGCAACCUGCUCUCGCAGCGCCUCCACAAAUACCCCUACGUGACCUUCAGCGCCUACAAGAUCCCCCACCCGCUCUUCGCCCGCUUCGAGCUCCGCGUGUCCACGGACGGAACAGUCACCCCCAAGGAAGCCGUCAUCGCAUGCUGCAGGGACAUCGUCGGGGACCUCGAGCAGGUGAGCCGCAGCUUCACCACCGAAUGGCUCGGCAAGCGCAUCGUUUCGGAGGGUGAGCAGGAGCGUAUGGCUCGCGAGCGGGAUCCCUUCCCUUGAAGCGGCGGCGACGAGAUUCGCGACACGCUAUUCAAUCAAUCGAAAGCGAAAAAUGCAUGCAUAAUGGGCGUUAACGGGUGGCAUGGUUAUGGG